AUUUUACAUGCUGUCAAAUGUUUCCGAUUGUAAUAGUUGUUUAAAUGACUAGUGAACUGAAGGAUUACUUCUUUAGUUAAAUAAACAGAUAAUGCCGGAUCUAAAUGGAAUAUUGGAUGUUUACAGGAAAACCCGGGAUCACUUAAACAUGUCACAUAAUAGUUAAGUUAUUGUUAUGGUGUCAAAGUGUUUCAGACAAAAACAAACCGCUCAGAAACUGAGGGUCGGUCAGGCUUUUACUUUGAAGGGCGGCCGAAAAACGGAAACUAUAUUUUGCUGAUUUUGGGAGGUAAUUUUUUUUUAAAUGUAGAACUCUACGACGAAAUGCCAUUUCAGUCAAGAUACAGGGAAUAUACAUUUUAAAAGAUAUAAAUUGUAAUUAUAAAUUCAAAUUCGUGGUAGACGUUUGUUUUCUCCAACAGCGCCUCCCUCCGGCGUUGUCAUAGAACUGCGGCUCCAACCGUCGAGAGGAAGUUAGCCACUAGCCGGCUAAGUUGCUACAAAAAGUAAACAAGUCUGAGAGAUGAGAUGAAAUUCAGCCGUGGGACGAAAUAGCUUUUCAAUUAUGAAGGAAGACAAGGAAAACACUCGGCCCAAGGAGAGAAGGGUGGAAAUAAGGUGCGAAGAUGGAGAAAAAACGGAAAAGUCGAAGGAAAAGAAGGAGGCCAUGACAAAGAUUGUGAUCAGACGAUUACCACCAAGUCUGACCAAGGAGGAGCUGGAGGAGCAGCUGCAACCGCUUCCAGAGGUGGACUACCUGGAGUUUUUCUCCAAUGACACCAGCCUUUACCCUCAUCUCUUCGCAAGGGCUUACAUUAAUUUCAAAAAUCAAGAGGAUAUAGUUCUCUUCAGGGAUCGAUUUGAUGGAUAUGUGUUCAUUGACAACAGAGGACAGGAGUAUCCUGCCAUUGUGGAGUUUGCACCUUUUCAAAAAACUGCCAAAAAAAGAAGUAAGAAAAAGGACGCAAAAUGUGGAACAAUUACUGAAGAUCCUGAUUACAAGAAAUUUCUGGAAUAUUAUAACGGAGAUGAGGAAAAAUUUACAUCCACACCUGAGACCCUGUUGGAAGAGAUUGAGGCAAAAACAAAGGAACUUGUAGCUAAAAAAACAACUCCUCUGCUGGACUUCCUGAAGAAUAAACAGAGACUCAGGGAGGAAAAGAAAGAGGAGAGAAGGAGGAGAGAACUUGAACGCAAGCGCCUGCGUGAUGAGGAGCGUCGAAAGUGGAGGGAGGAGGAGAGAAGGAAGCGCAAAGAGGCCGAGAAGAUGAAGAGACUUGAGAAACCGCUGGAGAAAGACAAGGACCAUGUUAAAGAAGAACCAAAAAUCAAACUCCUGAAGAAGCCAGACCGAGGGGGGGAUGAUGCCGAUUCUGAGAAACCCAAGGAAAAAGCCAAGAAACCAGAGAGACCAAAUAAAGAGGACAGAUCCAUGGGAAGUGCUGAUCAUAAGAGACGCCAGAACAUUGAAAAUAAGGAGGAUCGGGGAAGGAAAGCAGACGAAGACGGGCGCAAGGAGUUCAGAGACCGCGAUGCGGAGAGAGACAGGGAGCGUGAGCGGCGGCAGAAAGAGAAGGAGCGUAUGAGGCGGCAGGACGAGGAUCGGCGGAGAAGGAGAGAGCGGCAGGACGGAGAGAACGCCAGCAUGAAGCGGGGGGAGGAUGAGGGAAAAAAAGAAAAAGAGCGUGCCUCGGAAAAGAAAAGGGGUGAAAACGCGGCAGACUCCGCUCACACUGAGAAGCCAGAGAGGCCCGCCAAGGACAACAAGAAGGAGGAGAGCGCUAAAAGAGAGCGGCUACGAAAUAAGGACCGGCCGGCUAUUCAACUGUACCAGCCAGGGGCCAGAAGCCGCAAUCGAGCAGCUGCAGGAGGAGGGGGAGGAGGGGGAGGAGGAGGAGGAGGAGGAGGAGGAGGAGGAGGCGCUGAAUCCAGCUCUGUCGACAGAAAGCCAGAUACUGAGACCAAGAAAGUGUCUGACAAAGGAGAUGAUUGAGCAGAUUUCUACUUGUGGCAUAUUAAGUGUGGUGAGGAGACGGGCCUGCGAGGCUCAGAGCGGCGCUAUGUCGCCUCAGGGCCACGUGCAGCUCAAGCAGGACUGCGUUUUCCCCGGUCUCAGAGGCAGAGAUGUGAUUGAGGAGCCUCUUAGUGCCUGAAUGUGACCCUCUUUAGUUUCAUUUGUUAGGAAAGGUAACAGUAACCUUUGGAAAGAGUUUGGCUGUAGGGCACAUUAGGUGAAGCCAAAGCUUUCUUGGACCAUGAAAACUCAAUAAGUGACCUUAUUUCAGUAUUUUUUUUCUCAGAUGUUAAGUGUCGUACGCGCUGCAAACAUUCGCUUUUACAGUUGUCGUCUGCAUUUAGCUUUCUACUCACUCAACACAUCCACAUUGCCAAGCUCAUCAGCAUAGUUUCUACACUGUCUAGAACUAGAUUUUUGUUUUGCUGUUUUCAGUUUGACGUGUACACAUGGAAAUGACAUCUUACUCUGCCUGGGGAGCUAGACAAUCCAAAUAUAUGUGUAUUAAAACUUUUCAUGGUCUAUAACUCACAAAUAGUUGUCGUCUUAUAGGCACAACUGUUAUGCGUACUGAAUGACAGAGUCUGUGCUUACCUGUUUUGGGAUCAUGUGUUCUUUUCCUUCAUCCAUUCAGUGACUUAAGAAGAAAUAAGCCAUUUCUGACUAGACUGCCAUGUGACAGCCGUGCCUGCAUGCAGACUUCAGUUGGAGUGAUCGACUUGUGGCCUUCCUAUCCCCCCCCCCUUUUUCUAAUCUGAGACUCCCCUUAAACAUGAAUCUGUGAUGCACUAAACUGAAUCUAGCAUGAAGACAUAUCACUUCUGAUGAUGCUGACAGUUGACUGGAAAUAAAAGAGGUCUUUGUUAAAGUGAA